UUUUACUAUAGCUUCUGGCCGAGAUUAAAAAAUUUUCCUUUCUUGCGCACCGAAAAAGAAGUCCUUUAUAAGCUUAAAUUUAUCUUGGGCGGGAAAGAUAUUCACUAUCCUAUCUUUCCUUUUUCUUUUUUAGCCAAUUAAUUUCCCUUUUCAGUUUUCCACUUCUAAUUUUAUAAUUUUUUCCUCACUUUCUCGGCCACCAACCACUCGAAUUCGCAGACAAAACAAUGUCGUCAUUCGAUUACCCCAUACUCUCCCGUGGCGACAUAAUAUCAAUCCUGGCGGAGUCACAAAUCGCCACCGUCACCGACAACGAUUUCAAGAAUAUGAAACCCAAUUUCGUCUCCAAUCUCUACACCCGCCUCCUUAUCUACCUCGAUGCUCUCCACGAGGAAGACCAAGGGCAAGUUGAGUUUUCAGCAUUAGAGCAAAUUGAGAACCCGGAUCUUCUAAUUGGGUCAUUCCAGGUUAUGAAUUUGUAUUGCAGGUUAAGGGAGGUGAUGGCUUCUCUUAAUUGUCCAAUGCAAUUUAACCUUAGGGAUUUGGUUAAACCUGAUGCUGGUCGGACGGAGCAUUUCCUCAGCGGAAUCAUCAAUUUUUGUCUUUAUAAAGAAACAAAAAUGAAUCUUCUGAGACCGAUUGUAGAGGAACUAGCCCUUCUAGAUGAGCAGCAUAAGGAGUGGGAGGCUAAGAUUUCUCAGUUGAAUGCAGAGAUUGCAGGUUAUAGUGAAGCAAGAGAAAGGGAGUUACCCCUUGUUCAAGAGGUAGACUCAAAAGUUAAAGAAUUGCGUGAGAUGAUUGCUGGCCUCAACAGUAAUCAGAUGUCAUUGAGAACUUCUUUUCGGAAUUUGAAGGAGAAGACAGGCCAAAUGGAUGAGAAGAUUUCUAAGGCUGAGUUUGAACUGGUACAAAGUGUCCAAGAAAAUGCAAAUCUACGUUCAAAAAUAGUUCAGUCACCAGAUAAACUACAGAGAGCUUUAGAGGAGAAGAAAUUAGCUCGAGAUGAGGCAAAGAAUGCUGAAAGGUUGGCUAUGCAGUCUUUUCAGGAGAAGACUGCCAUUGUUGAGGUCUAUAGCAAGACUCUUAAGAAAAUGUCAAAGCACUUUGCCUUGAUGCAAGCUAUACAUGAACAGGCGAAUUCUGCAAAAUCAGUUGAAAAAGAAUGUAAGGGUUUGAAAGCUAAGUUAAGUGAUGAUGCUGUGUUAGACAAGUCGCUUGAGGCUAAACUGAUUGAACGGCAAGGAAAAGUUGAACAGUUGGAAGAACUCCAAAGUCAGUUACAGAAAGAAAGAGAUCUCAAGUUUGAGGAAUCUACUAAAAAUUUGAAUGAUGUGAAGUUGGAGGUGGAAUCUAAGCGGCACCAGCUGGAAGCAAGGCAAAGGAAGGUUGAAGAUAUGGUGACAGAGGUGGACUCCAUAACAUUAAAGACCAGUAUGGUAAAAGAAUCUGGAGCUGCUAAAGUGCAGCAGUUAAUUAGUAAAUGUGAAGAGAUUGUAAAACAGUUUCAACAAUAUUCAUCCUCUAUUGGACCCCUGCUGCCAAUGGGUGGGACAAAGACAACCAGCCUUUAACUUGCAUUUAGAUGUAGUCUCAGUACUAAUAGAUUUCUACCAGAAAGACGGAAUUAUUUGAAGAAGUUUUGGUAGAUCAGAUCCUUACACUCGCUUGCAGGAAAGCUUAAUAUUGAUUGCAGUUGUAUGGUCAAUCUAGGCUUAUCAAGUGUUAGAGGUAUUGAUUGACAUUGAUUCAUUUUCACUGUUAUUAAGCUCGGUAGUCAGUGGCUGAGUGCCCUUUCUUCGAUCCUAAAUGGCAGUCUGAUUCCAGGGUGUUGUAAGUGUCAAUUGUCACCAGCUUUGGUCUAAAGCCGAGUAACCCUGCGGCCUUAGGCGGAAAAUUCCCUCUUGACCUCAACGAUGCUCACACGGGACGUAACAUAAGCUUUAGCCUAAAAGGCAUUGAUGUUGCUUGUUGAAUGAUUGAUUAGGAAUUGUACGACCUCUAACUUUUAAGCUUCCUAGGCGGUAGGAAGUGUUCUUUGUUUGGGCUUCUUUUAAAUUCUUGUUCUUAUGUCAACAAACUAUAUAUAGAUUUUGGCAAAAAAACUGAUGUAUUUAAAUUCGAUACCCAAUUAAAAACCGUACAUGCAACACUAUUAUAAAAUUAUUUUUUUAUAUAUUUCUGAUCGAAAUCAUGUCAAAAACAUUUUCACUCUUUACCCAAUUAUUAAAUAUUUUACAUGCUCAAUUUUCAGGCCUAAAAAAAAUUUAAUGAAUUCCACAAGGCAGUCAAUUCUUAUGAAGUGAAUGGCCUUAGCAUUUCCCUUCAAAUUUACAAUU